UCAAGGUUUCCCACAAUGCAUCAGUCCAACAACGUGCGUAUAUAUCUAUCAGAAAUUCAGAAGCAAAUAACAGACUUCGGAACGAGCAACAGAAGAGCUGAAAUGGAAGAUCCGAGGAGACGUUCCACUCUGUCGUUCUCUUUCCUCCUCUGCUUCUCACUGUGGCUCACGCCUGGAGAAACCUUUUGGGAUCAAUGCCUUGACGAAUGUCCGGCGAAGUAUUUCACCUCCACGUACGGUGUGCGAUGUUCUGACAGGUGUGAACAGCGUGGUUAUGACUACUACUGGUGCCAUUCCCAAGAGGGCUGGGACUACUGCUCACCAGGAGAGAACAUUGAUUACAAAGGCAACACCUGUAGCAAUGACUGUGGCAAAUAUGGAGAAAGCUACUACAAGUGUUUGUUGUGGGGAAUGUCCUGGAGCCAAUGUGCUCGGGUGGAGCCGAGGGCAAUGAUUCAUUACACCAGGUAUCAGAGACAAUGUGUUGACAGGUGUCAGUACUAUGAGUCAGAUGAUUACUUCUGGUGCCAUGAUGGAGAGAACUGGGAGUACUGCUCACCUCUACCAGACCACACCUACAAGAAUGAGCCUUGUCGCUCCAAUCACCAGUGUGGAACGCAUGGUGAGAGUUACACCUGGUGCUACACAACAUCCAACAACGACUGGGAUUACUGUGGAGUGAUCAGUCCUGGAGAGUGUGUGUUUUCCCAGACGUCCCGCGCCAAACGACAACCCAAUAAUCCAAGAGUGAUCUGUACCAGGGAAGACAACAACAACAGGAGAGUGACCACUUUCAGAGAAGACGGAAAUCCUAGAAACAUCGUUCCAACCAACAGAAGGAUACGCAACAACGCCCUAGACUUAAUUAACCAAUGGGACAACCAGGGCUUGAGUGACCAGUCCAGGUCCAACUUGAUAAGGUCGGACACUCUUCGCAUUGACAACCAGGGACUGGUCAACAGGAACAAUCAGCGGUGUUACAACCUGCAAAUCCAGAUCAACGGAGUAUCAGGCAGAUCCACUGUGGCAGCGAUCAUAUGUCCUGUUGACACGUCAGCUGAAUACAUGCGUUUGGCCUUCAGGGAGAGUUUACAGCGUGAGGUCGGUGUGGAGGUGGAAGUCAAUGAAGCAUCCACCUCCACAUACAACAACCAGAACCAGAAGUGUUGUAAACGACGUAAAAAUUAAGGUCGCUCAAACGUGUCUAGGCUCGUUGUCUGGCCGGUAACCAGCCGUCCGGACUAUUUUGUUAAGGAGGAGGAGACGUUCUCGUAGCUUUCAACACCGCCACUUUCUUUAUUCUCUCUUAGUACACGAGUCACACCUUCAUCACGCUAGGUGCUCUAUCACUUUUCGUUAUCCCACUACAUGUAGCCCCCUACCCACAAUGCACAGGUGAACUACCCACAAUCCUUAGGGGUACUACGUCACACAACAACAACAUCUCUGUUAAAGGGGCAGGCCAUACCUGCAACAAUUAGCAGGUCAGAGAUUAUUCCCUAGGUCAAAGAUCAUUCCAUAAGGGAGAGAACUUAAGGCGCCAUAGAUGUAAACAUGUCUAGUCCAGGUCCAACUUAAUAAUGUCGGACAAUCUUCGCGUUGACAACCAGGGAUCAUUCAUGAGGAACAAUCAGCGGUGUUACAAUCUGCAAAUCCAAAUCAACAGACAACGCACUCCUGGACGCAGCACCACUGUGGCACAGAUCCUAGUUCCUGUUGACACGUCAGCUGAAUACAUGCGUUUGGCCUUCAGGGAAAGUUUACAGCGUGAGGUCGGUGUGGUGUUGGAAGUCAAUGAAGCAUCCACCUCCACAAACAACUACAAGAAGUGUUGUAAACGACGUAAAAAUUAACGUUGCUCAAACGUGUGUAGCUGAUGAUUGUGACAGCGCACACAAGGCAGAAUGAGUGAGUGAAGCUCUCACUUAGCAAAAGUUCUGUCUUACUCGGUUUUCAAUCAGUCUUUAUCAAUAAUCGCUCAAUACCAGAGAAUGAUUUUUAUUAUUUGUCUUCUUGGUGCUUUCUGCAGAUGAAGUGGUUCUGUUGGCUUCAUCGGGCCGGGACCUCUCGUGCUCACUGCAGCGGUUUGUGUAGUUCUACUGAUUAACACAAGAGUUCUACAUCAAAACAAAUCAAUGUCACAUCUCUGCUUUGGUUUAACACCCUUUUAUUCUGCAUGUUUUAUUUUGAAACUCACAUUUUGUCCUAUUUCCGGUCACUUCCCUUCCUGAACCUCCUGUGUUUCCUGUGAUAAACAGGUGAUGUUCUCUCUGCCCUUCGAUCGCUGCUCUGCAAGUUUGUGGUUUCACGUUCUGACCAAAUCGUCCAGUGUUCGGACAAUUAUAAGAUUAAGAUUGAGAUUGGAAUAACCAGAUGACGCAGACGCUGAGUGAGAAAAACAUCUUCAAAGAGUCUCUGACUGAAACGUUGAUAAUUUUCAAAGAGUUUUACACAGAUUCGAGUGAGUGGAGGAGUCUUAUAAUGUGUUUCUUUUUGCUUUAGCGCUGAUACUGAGUCUGAUGUUUAUUUUCCUCUGUUAAAUGAAAUAAUGCAGUUACUAUAAUGUGCCUCACAACUGAUUUAUAAACUACCUGUGUGCUUGUUGGAUGAUUUACAGCUGAAUAUCGAGCUCAGGCUGACGGGAAGAGUCGCUCAUCAAAUAUGGAAUUUGUCCUCUGCUCUCUGAUCAGACUCAGAAACUGGGUCAGCAGUGAUGAACCAAAAUCCACAACAACCUACUUAUGUAAUCUAUAUAAUCAAACUUAUGUAAAAUGCAACACUGAUUUUCAUGUUGUUCUCUUUUUUCUUAUUAAAGCUUUGCUCAGAAUCCA